AUGCUGAGCCUUAUUAUUCCCCUGACGCUAGGGUUGGCCGUCAUUAUAUCCUAUCUAGUCCUGGAAUAUCCCCGUCUCCGCCAAACCUACCGCCUAUGGUCUCACCGAUCCCAACUCCCCCCGGGCCCGCCGACCCUCAAAACCGGCCUCCGCAAACCCUGGCUCUGGUUCCUCGAACUCACCCAGCAAUACGGCGACGUAGUCUACCUCCAAAUGGGCCCAACGCCCACCAUCAUCCUCGGCUCGGCCCAAGCAGCAUGGGAUCUCCUCGAAAAGCGCGGCGCGAUUUACUCUUCGCGUCCGCGGUUCAUUAUGGGCGGGGAGUUGUUGUCGAAUAACCUCCGUGGGUUGAUGGCGCCGUAUUCGGCGUUUUGGCGGCGCUGGCGGAAAUUGUUGCAUAGUGGGUUUAUGCAGAGGCAGAGUGAGGGAUAUAGGCCGGUGCAGAGUUUGGAGAGUAAGGUGUUGAUGCAUGAGCUUUUGGUUGAGCCUGAGGGGUAUAGGAGGCAUUUGGAGAGGUAUGCGGCGUCGGUGGUGGUGACGGUUACCUAUGGGAGGAGGGUGGAGGAUGUGAGGAGUGAUGUUGUGGUGAAGAUGAAUGCUGAGGCGAUGGGGAGGUUGACUUCGGUGAAUAUUCCCGGAAAGUACGCGGUAGAGCGGUAUCCGGCACUGAAAUAUGUGCCUGCAGUCUUUGCACCGUGGAAAGCAGAGGUGCUAGAGCAGAGAAAGAAGGAUAUCCAGAUGUACACCGGUCUGAUGGACGAUGCAAGGAAGCGCCGGGCCGCUGGCACACUACCGGACUGUUUCGCGAAGUACUUGCUCAACGAGCAGUCCAGCCUGGGCAUGACUGACUUGGAGCUCGCUUACGCUGCUGGUACCCCUUUUGGCGCAGGUGUUGAAACGUCCGCUGGAUCACUCGCCAGCUUCAUCCUAGCCUGUGUCAAGUUCGGGGACACAUUCAUUCCCCAAGCCCAAGCCGAGUUAGACAGGGUUGUAGGCCCAGAUAGACUACCCACGUUCGACGACCUGCCAUCUCUCGAAUACGUGCAAGCUGUGGUUUCAGAAACUCUCCGUUGGCGGCCCGUGGCCGUCUUGGGAGGCACACCACACGCAACCACGGCUGAUGAUGUUUACAAGGGCAUGUUUAUUCCCAAGGGGAGCACCAUCAUCGCGCCGUUGUGGAGUAUCCAUCUCAACGAAGCCGAUUUCCCCGACCCUCACAAGUUUGACCCAGAACGCUUCCUGAAAGAUCGCGAGUAUCCCGGCACGCUCGGCCACAGUGCCUUUGGUUGGGGACGCCGAAUUUGUCCGGGGUUGCAUCUUGGGUCAGCGUCGGUGGCCAUCAACAUUGCUCGGAUAUUGUGGGCGUUUAACGUCACGCCGGCACGGGACGAAAAGGGCCAGGAGAUCGAUGUUGAUAUUUUUGCAUAUUCGGAUGGGUUUAACUCUAGCCCGCUGCCGUUUCGGUGCUCUAUCACGCCGAGGUCCUCGAAGCAUGCUAAGGUUGUUGUUAAGGAGUUUGCGGGGGCCUGCGAAGAACUACAGCGGUAUACGGCGGCGGCUGGGUCGUUGUGA